CAACAUCCUUCUCCCGUCUCUGUUCGUCUUCAAUCAUCCUCGGAAGCUCGCAGACAGAGGCCGCCGUCGUGACACGAUGGCUUACAUAAACGUCGCCGAAUGGAGCACCGACAUGGUGACGGACUGGUUGAAAGGUCUGCACGACUCGAUGUACCAUUAUGUGAAAUCGUUCACCAACAAUGGGGUCGGCGGAAAGCAGCUGCUCAAUAUACGGCCGUACGAGCUCGAGCAGCUCGGCAUGCACGUGAUCGGCCACCAGGAAAUCGUGCUGGAAGCGGUGGAGAAUCUUAAAAACUUUAACUACAACCUGGAUAAGGAGAACCUACAGUUCCUGGCGCUGCACGUUGCAACGGCGGCCCAUUCGCUGGGGAAGCAGCUGGAAUUUUCCGACCAGGAAAAGCUGGAGACCGCGGUACUGAAAGAUAUUACGCGCACGAUCACGCACCUGAAAGCGCUAAUCGAAUGGCUCGAUCGGGCACCGUUUAGAGGUCAGAAGAAAUUCGACGAAUUGCGUAAACAGUGCAUGCGGUUCGGGCUGGAGGUGGCUACCGUAGCGAUGCGCGAUCGGUUCUCCCUAAUGCCAGUGCAAGCGAUUCGUCAAAACGCCAAAAAGCUAGAAAGCAUCGGAGAGUACAUCAUUAAAGAUAUUAUGGAUCCGAUCAUACUGCAGCCAGCCUCGCUGGAUCUAGUGACGCUUAAGAAGCGCGAAUCGGACCUAGGAUUUCUGAUAAUGCGAAACUUCCACGGUGUGCACCGCAUUACCGAAAUAAAGUUCAACUCACCCGCCCACAACUCCGGCAAGGUCGAGGAGGGCGAUGAGAUAGUGCAGAUCAACUACCAGACCGUGGUCGGCUGGGAGUACAAAAAGGUCGUGCAGCAGCUUCAGGAAUCACCGCCAGAUGUCCUCUUGACGCUUAAAAAACGCCCCAAGCACAUGAAAAUCUACGGCCAGAUCUACAUCAAACCGUACCGGCUGCCGAGCAAGAAACGGUCACUGCCGUACCGGUGGGGUGAAAGUUUGCCCAGUCCACGGGCCAUGGAUACGUUCGCGCUACAGGACUUUACGCUGCCGCUCGAGCGCGUCCCGGAAAAGCACGUCCCGUCCGACAGCGAAUCGGAGGGCAGCGACAUCCUGACGGUGACGGACGCGAAGGAGGCGGAAAAGGAGAUCCGCCUGUACCUGCCGAAACCGCGGGCGGUGCUGCAGCGGCGGCACACGCUGUCCAGCUUCAAGGAUCUGGUCGGCGUGUCCUCCUGGCACGAGCCGCAGGGCGGCAAACCGUUGCCGUCGAGUGAUCUGCAGAGCUUGCGCGAUAAAUCGGUAUCGUUCGGGUUUGGGCUGGAAAUGGCACCCCGACCGACGACCACCUGUCUCGGGCUGGGCGGCGGUAGUGCCGAUGGGACGGGAGCGAACCACGGAGCGGUGCCGGCCAAGUGUAACAGCUUCGGGGGGCUGCAAAGCUCCCUGCCGGACAUUGUGCCGCAGGAAACGGAAGCGGUGGCGCCACCGCCGAACGAUCUUUCGAUCGUGGGUGCUAGGCCGGGAAGUGGUGGUAGCAUCGAGCAUGGCGGAGAUAGUGAGGCGUACAAGGCGGGCGUCUCGAAGGUGGUGAGGUUUGAGUCGAGCACCAAAGCCGACCAGUGCCAUGUGGAUACGCAGUACACGUGCCAGGUGGACAGCACGGUGCUAGAAACGUUCGAGCCGAUACCGUACGUCGACGAGGAUGUGCCGGCGACGGUCGUGCAGCCGCCACCGACGGUGACGGAGCGGGUGAAGCGGUUCGAAUCGUUUGCAUCCCGCACAACAACGACAGCGGCGACGGCAGCAACGAUCGUUUCCGUUAAUGGUCAGCAUGGUGCAAGCGACAACUCUGGCACGUCUAACAGUGCCCCGGGACAGACAGGAUCAGGAACGGGAUCGAAACCAAUUCCCAUGCAACGGCACCUCGCAAAAGAGCCGGAAGUCGCCGAAGCCAUCAACACCGUCGUCGUUAACAGGGAAAUGGUCAAGCGAGGGCGGUUGGACAAAAGCUACAGCACGCCCGCCUACGACGACGAGCAUUCCGACGUUCCACCGGCGAUCGAGCCACGCAAAGAGCAUCUGCUGAAGGCACCGCCAGUGCCGCCGCCACGCCCAAAGCGUUCGCUCGACCCUGAAAAGCCCCCUGCAACACCGGCAUCCGCUUCACAGCUUCCCGAACCAACCGCCGCCGCCGGGUUCGUCUCCUCCCUCAGCAACGCGCUCGACAGCCGUGAAGACAGCCCGAACAAAUCCAAGCUAGCGAACGUGAUCGACCUUAAACAAAACCGCACCCAACCGCCACUUCCCGCACCGGCAGUAACGCCACCGAAACCGGCCGAACGGACGGCAGUCCCGCCUGUGCCUGCCGCGCGACCGGACGCGAAACCGGCCGCCAUCACGCCUCCCUCGAGCGAGCCCCCGACAUCAUCCCCAACGUCGUCGGCUACCGUGCCGAGCAUCGUACCGCCGACGGACACCAGCACGGAGCUGCUAACGCCCAACAAAACGAAGAGCCUGACGCUGAAGAAGAAAAACUCGCUCCUGUCGAAGCGGCGCAACGUGUCGCUGAAAACGCUGUGCGUCAGCGACAUCCAGGGCCACCUGUACCGGCGCACCAAGGACCGAAGCGGCAUGUCGUACUGGGCCAAGCACUACUUCGUGCUGAUCGAGACGACACUGUACGGCUUUCGCAGCAAGCAGUCGCCGAAAGCGAACAGCAUGAUCUUUCUGUCCGGCUUUACGAUUUCGCUCGCCAAGGAGGUCCAUUCCCGGCCGCACGCCUUCAAGGUGUACCAUCCGCACAAAACGUUCUACUUUGCGGCCGAAACGCAGGACGCACUGGUGCAGUGGAUGGAGUACAUUAAGCAGGCCACGCUGAAGGGCGCCAGUACGGUGGUAGCGGGCGGCAGUACCGGUGGGGGCAGCUCAUCGGCCGACCAUCAUCAUAACGCCCGGGAGCUUUAUUCCGAAACGGACAGCUCGGACGACGAGAUCGGCAUAAUGGACAGCACGCAAAGUCUGCUUUGCACCCCUUCGCCCCAGCUGUCCGGUGCGGGUGGUGGCAGCGGGUCCCACGGAGGCUCCGACACCACACCGACCGGUUCCUCGUCCAAGCACGACCAUCGGUACCACCUGAACUUUGGUUCGCUGAAAAAGCUAACCAAGCUCGGCUCGAGCGAUGCAGGCCACCACGGGUCUUCUUCUGCUGGUUCCGCUGCUGCUGCUUCAGCAGCUGCUUCAUCUACCGGCAGCGGCGGCAGCGGUACGGCCAGCGAGGGAAGCAAAUUCUUCAGCUUCUUCUCCUCCCACCGCAGCGUGGAGAAAAGCAACUCGAGCGAGGUGCCGGUCCCGACGUCCAAGUUCAAGAGCUACCGGAAGGUGCCGGGUUCCGCCGGCGGGCUCCAGAUCGGGACGGCCUCCGUGCCGCCGGAAACCGUGUCCACCGUAGUGAACGGCGUAACUAUCCGGCACUUCAAGGGCGGAAGCUUCACCGGCAGCACCGUGUCGCUGCUGACCGCGCUCGAGCCGGGCGAGCUGGAAUCGGUGCUGGCGGGGUACGAUCAAAGCUUGGAACCGCCCACGCCACCGCCCCUGCCGCCACCGCCCGUGCCGCCGGUAAAGUUUCGGCUGCAGGGCCCGCCGACCAUCAUCGAGGCGGCCAAGCGGCUGAAGCGCACGCGCAAACGCAUCUCGCCGUACAACUACAUCCACGCGUCCAACCCGAACCUGGUCGAGUUCGACUUCCAAACGUCCAAAGCGAUGGACUUUUCCGUGCCAAAGAUACACGCCGGCAGCACGUGGGACAAUGGGGCGCACACGCACGGCGGCAACCUGCAGUCGAUGAUCACGCUCAAGGAUCUGAUGCUGCAGAAGCAGGCGGAGGAGGCGCAGGACAUGUACAACAAGCGCGUCUGCCUCGGCGUGGAAAAGCUGGACGAUCGUAAGGCGCGGUUGGGUGGUGGUGGCGGCGGGAUGAGUGGGGCGGAACAGUUUGCGUCGGGUCCAGGUGGUCCGGCUGGGGCGGGGCCGCCACCGCAGCCCGCCAUCCCGGAGGAGGUGAACAAGAUACAGCGCCGGCGGCUGCCGAACACGCCCGACUACGCACAAAGCUUCAAGCUGGACGAUGCGGACAUACUGUACACGCGCAGCAAGGAGGGCCAGAAGCUGCGCGACUUUGGCUACGAGAUGAUCUCCGGCGACGAUCCGUUCGAUCAGCGAAACAAGCCGAUCCGCUCGACCGUCGGUGGUUCGACCGGUGCGUCGGUGCUGUCGUCUUCGGUGGCGGCGGGAGCGAACGGGAGUGGCGGUGGUAAUGGAAACAAUGGAACACAUGCGAACGGAACGAGCACUGGUGGCGGUGGUGGUGGUUCGAUAAAAAAGAAAACUUUCAACUGGAUGAAUUCCGAGCGUAAGGGUUCGAAUGCGGGCGACACGACGAUCCACGAUGGCGCCGCUGCUGGUGGUUCCUAUCCGAUCGGGUCUGCAUCCAGCUCGUCGUCAUUGUUCGCUGCACCAUCGGAGCAUCAUCGAACGGGGGGCGGUGGGCUGGUAGCCUCCCUCUCGCUGCGGGACAGCUUCAAGCGCAGCAAAAACAAAGCCGUCAUUGCGCGGUUUGACAACAUCAAGGCUAGCAGCGAGAAGCUGUUCCAGUUCAAGCAGUCCAGCGGGACGGGCGGAAGCAGCGGCAGCAACAACAACAACGACAAGGAAUCGCUCAAAACGAAGCAGCUCGACAAGCCGGCCGCACCGGGCAGUGCGGUGAACGUGAAUCUGAAGCACCAAGCAGCGGCAGCCAGCAUUAGCGUCGGUGCGCUGGGCGGGAAGAAGAACAGCAACGAGCUGAAUGCAACGCUGGACAAACACAUCGCACUGCUGUUCCAGCAGCAGCAGCAGCCGGCGGCGGCUCCAGGAGCGGCGGCUGGUAAAGUUGUUGCCGCUUCGCACAGCGCAUUGAUCAAAAAGUCGAACACGUGCAACAGCUCGUCGGAUUUUAAGGAAAACUCGGCCAAGCUUCAAAACAUGCGCAAAAACUCGGCCCCCGAGCGUGGCGCAGCGGGUGGCGGAAGCGGUAGCAAUGGUGGAACGUCCUACUUUACGAAGCUUAGCUUUGGGUCGACCAAAACGCCCAAGGAAAAGAAGCUGCUCGGUUCGCCCGGGCUGCAUCGGGCGAUCUUUGGGAAGAACCAUCACCACCAGGGAAGCGACAGUCAGCCGACAGUGAUCGAUCACGAGGUGUUUUCACCGAUAUCCUACACCAAGGCACCAGCCGCUCUACCAACGGACGCGGGUGGUUCAUCGUCGUCGAGCACCGCCGCAACAACACCAACCGGUACGGGGCCACCGGCCGUCGCGACUCCCGGCUCCUCGGCAGCGGUGCUAAUACCGAGCUUCGGGCCUAAUUUCCCGCCCGUCCCGCGCAGCUCGCCGGACUACCCGAACAUGGAGUAUCCGCCCGUGUUUGAGCCGGAAAUGUAUUCGCUGAGCGAUCCGAACGCGAGCCUGACGUUGCUAAAGCGUCGCCAAAAUCAUCACCACCACCAUCAGCCUCAUUCGCAUCAUCCCCAUCAUCAACAUCAUCAUCAGAAAUGACGUCAUGGAAAACGGCUCGCUACGGUACGGGAGCAUGAAACCGGAUGAGCGCAUAUGUUCGGUUCUUGGUGCUGUUUUUAGGACAGGUUGAAGAAAGGUUGUUGAGCGCGAAACCACUCUAAAAAGGGAUGUGUAAGAGUUUAAUUUUAUUAAGAUUGUAGUUGCGUAGAAUAGUUUAAACAAUUCUGCCAUUUCUGUUGGUUCGAAACCAAAACCACACAAAAAAACGGUGCCGGUACGCCAUUCGGAUCAGCGCGGACGUCGUCUCUCCCCAGCACGGGUUGGGCAGUACGCGCGCGGUGGAUGGUUCGCCCGUUGAUUUAGGAUUUCCCCGUAGCGCACAAACGCACAUACACAUACACAACAAGGCAAGGCCAUUACGAAACGAACAAAUAUUUAAGCAACAUUGAUAUUGUACGAUAACAUGAUAGAGCAGAGCGGGCGGAUGAAGGAAGUAAGGUAUAGUUUUGUGUAAAGUCGAUCGGAGCGUAAAGGGCGAAGGAAAAAGGUGAACAGGAAUAGUAACAAAACAACAAACAAUAUUGUUCAAAUGUGAUUUUAGAACCUUAUAUGUGUAGGAAUAAUUUCGAUGUUGAUGCAUAGCUAUUCUAUGGUGUCUCUAGAGACAGUCGCGCUUCCGCCGCGUUAGUAGCAGUGUCGUGUGCAUUGGCCACACGUGCGCUUAUGGUGCACACGCGGAAGCGGUUGUCCUUUAUUUAAACAAAAACAACGCUAGUAGUGCACAACUGCACAAGCUCGUGCUCUACUAACUUAUGAAGAAGCAUCCAUCGUUCUUAUGGUUACAAUUAGACUCAAUUUUGUAGAAAAACAAUGUGAAAGCUGUGGAUAGAAAGUGAGCGAUGUAGUAACGUGUGUAGUAAUAUUUAACAGAAAGCUGUGUUUUUUUGGAGAUUGGUUUUAGCAAGGAACAGAAAAAAUAACACCAAAAGUUAAAAUUGUUUGCAAAAUCGGCUCACACACGCACCACACACCCAUGCUGUUUGUCAGGGUGUAUGGUUUACAAAAGAAGGCAAUUACACCAGAUGAAACAAUUCUGCAAUGUAUCGUACACACACGCACAUUCCUAUGCUGUUUGCAGAUUGAUGAGAGUAUGCAUAUAACCUGUUAAAGUGUACCAAUAUACCACUAGUUCCUCCCUCACAGGCCAACAUAGAGUUGCUAGUAUUGAUUAUAGUAGUUGUGAAUGUAGACAAAAACACGCCGCUAAUUCCUGUGCGCUUGUUUCUCGCAGUGCAUUUGGUUAGCGCCGGGGUUUCUUCCACUAAACACCGGGGACACACAUAAUAAAUAGUGCCUUACGAUUAAGAAUAA